AUGGAUGCUCUCGAGAGAAUCUGCAAACAUCAAGGUUAUGUCUACACGUUUUCAGCACCUAAAAUCUUCAUCGGAGAGUUUGGCAGCACAGAUGGUCUGAUGGCAUGCAUCUAUGCUGCUGGUCUCAAGCAUUAUCUGCAGACCACAAAGCCUCGAAAGAUGCGGGUCUUCCAAUUGCCUGAAGUCCCUGGGGAGUGGAGUUCGUGGAUGCGAACGGCAUUAUCGGCUGCACCAGAAGUGCGGGUGAUGACAAAACAAGAGCUGUACAGCAAGAAGGACCCCACCGACAGCUACAAUCCACCAUAUGCGGGCACCAUGCUUGUGUUGCACAACUGCUCGGAUGGGUUUGGACAAAACAUUCAGUAUGAAGUUGGUGCUGGAAGUCUUGAUGCUAUCAUCGGACGCUUCACGAGUGCAGCAGGAAGCCUACUUAACCACCGCGAGGACCUGGUAAGCAUGGUUUCAAUGCACGCCGAGUAA